AUGACUGUCAGCGGGUUCUUGCAGAGUGUGGCCGUCCGACUUGUGUUGCUGACCACGGCUUCUUUUGCAGACCAAGGACGUACGAAUGGUCAGUUUGAGUUUCCUAUGCGACGCAAUAGAUGUCCGUCUCUUCGAUCGAUUGUGAUUGAGGAGAGCUACACUUCGCUAUGGUCUCCGACAUACAGGGGUGAGCAGAACUCCUGA